AUGGCAGACUCCCUGAGGGGCGGCCCGUGGGGCUAUGGCGACAUCAUUGUGCUGCUGCUUCCCAUCAUCUUUCUGGUGUGGGCGGUUGUGAAGCGCAACCCGAUGCAGUCCACUGUUAGUCUGCCGCUAUCGGCGGUGCUGAUGUUCUUCAUCAAGCUGAUUUACCUCGGUUCUCACCCGCACGACACUACAGCGAACGUGAUAUCUGGUGUGCUUGGUGCGAUGACGCCCGUCAGCAUUGUGGCCGGCGCUAUCUACCUCUUCGACUGCAUGGAGUCAUCGGGUUGCUUGGCAUGGAUGAUCGCCACCAUGAAGGCCAUCACCAAGGGCCACCCGGUGGCGGAGGUGAUGCUGAUCGGCUGGGGCUUCCACUUCCUGGUUGAGGGCGCCUCUGGCUUCGGGACUCCUGCGGCUCUGGCGGCGCCCAUUCUUUAUUCGAUGGGCCACGGCAAGCUGGAAGCGGUCGUGUGUCUGCUCCUCUUCAACGGCUUCUCGGCCACCUUCGGCGCUGUGGGGACCCCGAUGUGGUUUGGAAUUGGGGAGGCCACUGGAUUGGAUGUCGAGGGGCAGGUUAAGGUAGGGCGCGUGGCGACAAUCAUGCUGGUAGUCAACGCGCUGCUGCUAGUGCCCUUGAUUGUGCGGGUUCUAGUGCCAUGGCAGGACGUGAAGAAGAAUUUGCUGUUCAUAUACCUCAGCAUCUUCAGCAUCAUGCUUCCGAUGCUCGGCAUCUCCUUCUUCUCUGCGGAGUUCCCCACAAUCGUCGGCGGACUCGUCGGCCUGGCCUCCACUGCGCUGCUCAUCGUGUACGGCGUCGGCCUGAGGCCCGUCAGCGGCAAGACGCCGCAGAGCUCUGCCGAUGCGCAGUCGGAUGCCGCGGCCGGCGACGUGGAGCGCCCGCCUUCUACUGACCAGGUGGCUGAACAGCAUUCCGCGGCAGCUCGGGAGCAGCAGGCUGCGAACGCGGGGGACAUCUACCUGGACGCCGACAUGAUCGAGACCCUCGCCAAUCGGGGCAACGCCAUGAACAUCAUACCGCGCGCGGUAUCCGAGGCCUCGCUCCGUCCUGUGGCGCAGCGCUCCGCCGUCAUCUCCGUGGGCACGGCCCCGUCUGGCAGCAAGGGCUCUGAAGACAAUGGCGAGACCACGCAGCAAUCCGAGACGGGGGUGGUUGCCGCGCUGCUGCGCACUUCUCCGAUCACAUUGACUGUGCUGUUGCUGGUGCUGACGCGCAUCGAGCCCAUCGGACUGAAGGAGCUGCUGACUGACAAGGAGCCCAGCUUCACGCUGGACCUGAAGCAGAUCGGCGACUUCUCGCUCUCGGCCUCGCUAGUCUUUAGCCUGAAGGACAUCAUGCGUGCGCCUACAACGAAGACUUGGACCUACGCCGCCCUGUAUGUGCCGAGCAUCCUCCCCUUCUUCGUCGUGGGGAGCGUGACGCUGGCGCUCUACAGGCGGGAGCUGAAGACGGGCCCGACGAGCAUCAUGCGCGGGGUAGUGAGCCGCAUGCAGAAGCCACUUGUAGCGCUGGCGGGGGCGCUCAUCUUGGUCGAACUGCUGCGAGGCACGGAUCUGUACGCCGACUCUCCGGCCUUCAUCAUCGGAGUGCGCAUGUCCGAUUUGCUCAGCUAUGGCUUCCUGCUACUUUCGGCAGCCCUGGGCUCUCUCGGCGCCUUCUUCUCUGGCUCGACGACCAUCUCCAAUCUGACCUUCGGGCAGGUCCAGCAGGUUGCUGCCGAGAAUUUGAACGUCGACAUGUACGCUUUGCUUGCUCUGCAGGGGGUGGGCGCAGCGAUCGGCAACGCCGUUUGCCUGGCCAACAUUAUCUCCGCCAGCACCGUCAUUGGCCUGACCGUGCCAGAGGGGGUGGUACUCAAGAAGGUCUUCCCGCUGGUUGCCGCGUUCUGCGGAAUCAGUACCGUCGUUUGCCUGCCCUUCCUGCUUGCGUGA